UCUUAGUUAUGUUUAACGUGAAGUAAAAAAAAAAAAAAAAAAGCCCCUUAAUUUGGGGCCUUCCAUGAACGGUGUCUUGACUUCAGAUAGCACGCUUAUCUCUGCAAAGGGCAGAGGCUCUGUAAAACAGCACAUCAGAAGAGAUAAAGGACUGGCCCGCGUGCUUCUCCCGUGUAGGCUUUCGUUGAUAUCAGAGUGAAAGGUCAAAGGCGGUUACGCUACAUUUACUUUACUUGUCAGUAGGGUUGUAACGCUAUACCGGUAUGACGGUUUAUCACGGUUUGAACAUGCACGGUUAUCAUACCGUAAACAUUUGCAUAUCUACGGUAGAAAAGAAAAAAAAAAAAGGAAAAAUCUCACCUGCGCAUAUGCAACUUCUUUCCGCAUUCACUUGGCUGUUCAUUUAAAUUCACUUUCAUUAAAAUGGUUUCAAGUUUGUUGUAAUAAAGGAUUUGUUCACUCAAAUAACUUGUUCUUAUUCUUAUAAGAGUCAUUAUUGCUGAUAAGAAUUAUAGUUUAAUAUAUACCGUGAUAUUUUCUCAGACGAUUAUCAUAUCUUGAAAAUCUCAUACCGUUACAACCCUACUUGUCAGUAUAAGCUCUUUGCUUUAAAAGUAGUGAAAGCCAGCCAGACAACAAUAACAUACAAUCACUAGACGAGCGAUCAUCAAAUCCUGUUAACAGUCUUCCUUUUUUACAAAACCUUUUGCUCUCUUGAAUCUGUCAGAAACUGUCAGUAUUUUCAACUUGAACAUAUUUUAAGUUCAAGUGUUAGUAUUACAACCACUGAAUUAAUACCAACAUAUGAAAUUAAAUUAAUGACAGAAAAAUUAGGAAUGUUGGACAAUAAAUAUAUAACAGGAAUAACAUCUUGACAGUAAACUGUUUUUGAAGUAUUGUCUUAUAUGUCUGUUAAAGGAAGACUAUAAACAAAAAAACUUUUCAUGUAAACACAUUACAGCCACUUUCUCCAAAAAUGUUUAAUUAUUUAAUUAUGACAGACAGCAGUGCAUCAUGUUCUAGAUCAUGUUUGUAGUGUGUUCCAGGGGACUAAAACGUGCAAUAUAUAUUUCAGACCUACUGGAGUAAUAGUAAAUAAUAAUAUAGUAAUUGUAAAUGUGUAAAGUUGUAUAAGCUCAUUCUAACUUAGUGUCAUAUCCAUAUAAAUCAUUAUUAUGGUUUCUAUGGCUAGGACCUGCAGUUCCUAAAAAGAUUUAAGUUUACUACUAGACAGUUAACGUCAGCAGGUGCAUAAGACAAAGCGGCGUCCCACUUCAAAAUACACAAUAUUUUUACACUUGUGAAUAUUCACCUGUCAGGGUCUUUGGGAAAACGAUGAAAGGCAACAUUUUUACUGUCACACUGAUAGUUUUUGCAGUGGAUUGCCCAACAUUGCGUUCUUUUAUUCCACUUUGACCUCUCUUUCGUUGUUGUUCUGUUUAUUUCUGUGUAUGUGCUGCUGUCCAGUUGGAAUUUUCACCCCAAAAUUGCGGCCGCGCGACCGAAGCGCCACCUAGUGGCUGUUACCCAAAAACAGCAUCCGAGUUUCGCCUCUUGGUCUUCUAUACUCCUUGUUUAAAGUUUUAUUAGUAGUAUCUUAAAAAGAGAAGUAAAAUCAGAAACCUGAAUGGUCUGAAACGUUUUAGCAAUUUUUUUCAUUGCUGUCUUAUGGUCUGUAGUUAUAAAAUGUAAUAUCUAAUCUUUUUAUAGGUUUUUUUAAUUAAUGUUAACGUAUAAGUGUCAUUUAAAUGAACCAUUUCAAACCUAAAUUGUGUGUUCAUACAUCAGCCCAUUAGUUUCCGGUAAGUGAAACACCAAGAGGCUUUUACACUGUCGUGCACUUCCAUUAUUCGACUAAUAAAACUAAAUCUAGAUUUAUGGUUAAUUUAGGGGUUGAAUCUCUUUUCUGAGAUCAUGAAUGAGCUGGACCCGUGAAGGUCUGAAAAAUAUGAUAAACGGCGUCCCCUGGUGGUCAAUUUUUACACUUGCUUUAUAAUCUAAUAAAAUCGAGAUCAGCUCGUUGAUACCUUGAAAGCUGAAUCAUCCUAAGGCCCGUGGCGCAUUAUUUUACACAGAACUGCUGACUCAAUAAGAAAUUAUUAUGUGGAUAUUUUCUUAUUUCAGGUGUUUCCCUCAAAAUUUUAGAGGAGGAGACCAACCUUGGUUGCCACAGUUUUCAUUCUAAGAUAACCCACCAACUUGCAAAAUUAAAAAUAUAUUGAAUAUAAAUAACACGCAUUCUGUUUUGCUAUACAUUUCGUACAUUUUCUGCCCCGGUGUCCUCAGCCGGAGUGGACGCACAGCGGCAGCGCGGCGGAAGGAGGGAGGGGUCUGAGCCGCGCCGGGAAACCAGAGGCUCGAUGCAGCCUCCGCCGAAUGAAGUCAGGCUGUUUCCAGACCGCAAUGGCUAUGGGUCUAACGUCGAAAAAAUCCUCCUCUAGAAACAUCGGCGUGGAACGCAAGAAUCUCAUCACCGUCUGCAGGUUCUCUGUGAAGACGUUGUUGGAAAAGUACACUGCAGAGCCUAUUGAUGACUCAUCGGAGGAGUUCAUUAACUUUGCAGCAAUUUUGGAGCACAUCCUCAGUCAUCGUUUCAAAGGUCCAGGUGGUUGGUUCAGUUCAGAUGGCCAGAGGAGUUUCUGGGACUAUAUCCGUCUGGCCUGCAGUAAAGUCCACAACAACUGCAUCAGUAGCAUUGAGAGCAUUGAGAACAUUAGCACAUCGCGAGCAAAGGGACGAGCAUGGAUUCGUGUAGCUUUGAUGGAGAAGCGUUUGUCUGAAUAUGUAGCAACUGCGUUAAGAGACACUCGGACAACCAGGAGAUUUUAUGAUGAUGGUGCCAUAAUGCUAAGGGAGGAGGCUACCGUUCUGACGGGGAUGCUAAUUGGACUCAGUGCCAUUGACUUCAGUUUCUGUCUAAAAGGAGAAGUUUUGGAUGGAAAGACACCUGCAGUGAUCGACUACACACCUUACCUGAAGUUCACCCAGAGCUAUGACUACCUGAGUGAUGAAGAAGACCGCCGCAGUGUGGACAGCAGUGCCAGUGAUGAGAGUGUAGCUGAGCAUCCUUACAUUCCUUUGGUCACAGACGAAGAGACCUGGAGCAACAAAUGCCGAAAGAUGGAGCAAAGAUUCAAGAUCGUGUAUGCCCAGAAGGGUUAUUUAGAGGAACUGGUCCGCUUGAGGGAAUCCCAGCUGAAAAAUGUAGAAACUGAGAACAAGCGGCUUGAUGCUAAACUAGAAGAACUACAGGUCCAGAGUCAACAGGAGAAGAAAGAACUGGAGGCCAUUAUACUGGAGCUACAGGCACAACUCACUGGCAUCAUUCCUUGUGAGUCCUCUCAUUUGGUAAAAGGACUGUGUAUUCCACUCCAGUGGACAACUGCACAAGCCACCAACAAACAAGGAAAUGUAAAGCUGUUCCGUCGGAGAAGUUUUCACAGUUUGGACCUCUCAGUUGAUGUGAGUUUGAACUCUGACUCUCAGAAGGAAGACGGCAAUCAGAAUGGAGACACAGCCUGGUCAGCAGCUAAAGACAACACUCCCUCUAUGCUCGGUCUAUGUGGUUCUUUGGCUUCUCUACCCAGCUGUAAGUCACUGGCAAGUCUCAAGUCCAGUGAGUAUUUGGUCAACAUCAGCACAGAGCCAAGUCCUGCCCUGUCUCCCAGCUAGGGGGCGCCAAACUCCGACCAACAAGACACUGUCGGUCUCGGCUGUGCUUUCCUCCAAGAAACAAUACAACUGUCCUAUCAACGUCCUUCAAAGAUCCCAAUGAGCUGAAACAACAUAUUAAAAAAACGAAGGUGUUUUAUCUGAAUUUGGUUUUUGUGACGUGUGAGAUCUUCAAACUCCAUGAAUGACCUUAUCUUAUUUUCCCAUCUUUACUUGCCAAUUUAUUCACUCUUGUCUUCCACUCUUCAGUACAGUCUUCAUCAGCAUGUUUGAGUGUCUGUAACAUUCCCCGAGCCUGAUAUUAGAGCCCAAAGGCACAGCAGCUUAUCUCUGUUAGCUCUGAACCCAUUAGUCCUUGAAUUCCCAGCACCAGAGGCACAAGUAGAUCGAAGUGAUACACAAAACUCAAGACUUGGCAGUUAUUCAGUAUACAUUAUUCAUCUAAAAUGAACAUGAACAUACAGAGUGGCACAUCUGGUAAUGUUACCCACAGCCAAAUCUCUGAUUUAGAUGCAUUACCUUAUUCAUAUGCUUAUUGUAAGAGACCAGGGAAGGAAGUGGACAAAAGCUGUUGCCUGUAUCUGCAUGUGAACUGAGCUUUAUUCAGGCUGUAAUUGCCUCCGCUGACUUGAUGUACUUGCUCCUUUGACAGUGAUGUGACUGGAAGUAACUGCAAGUGUUGUCAGCUAAAUUCAAAUCUUUUGUCAUAUAUCUCUUAUUGGUGUUGCUUCAUUUCUUGCGUUUCUUCAGUUACAUAAUUGUAUAUUUUGUUAUGCGAUGGCAGUGCUCUGCAGUUCUGAAUUGUAAUAAAUUAUUCUUUUGUUAUGUCAAUAAAUCU